CACACCAAAUUCAGUCUGCAUUGUCGGCUUACAGAGGUUUUAGUGUGGCCUCUAAAACUGGCGAUGGCAAUACAGAAUGACACAGAGCGAGUGGACCAGACCUGUGUGAAAGAUGCUCAGUACAGCGGAGCGUUCUGGCUGACGGCACUGUGUCUCGGUCUGAUGUGUAUUCUUCAAGCGACUCUCAACAUCGUCCUCAGACUGCACUUUACCUUCCAGGUGGAUAUGCAGCUGUGCAACAAUCACACUCUGCCUAUAGACACAGAGCAAAGCUACAAUGAUCUUCUUAAGAAGAAACUCCAGUUAGAAUCCAGUUACAUCAGCCUGGGUGAAAUGAGAGAUCAGCUACAGAGGGAGAGAGAUGAACUCCAGAAAAGACUUUCCAACAUAACUGAAAUGAUUAACAAGUCAGGAUGGAUUUACUUCAACUUCAGUAUUUACUACAUCUCUACUGAGAAGAAGAACUGGUAUGAUAGCAGAGAGGAUUGCAGAAAUCUGGGAGCAGAUCUGGUGAUCAUAAACAGCACAGAGGAACAGGUUUUCCUACAUAAAUAUUUCAGAACCAUUGAGGCUUGGAUUGGUCUGACUGACAAUGAGAAAGAGGGGGUAUGGAGAUGGGUGGAUGGUUCCCAACUAACCACUGGGUACUGGUGGAUAACUGAACCCAACAACAACGGAGGCAAUGAGAACUGCGUUACUACCGGCUACAGGCAUAUUAACAUCACGACCUGGAAUGAUGAAUCCUGUAAUAGCAGAAUGUCUUGGAUUUGUGAGAUUAGAGUUUUCUUUGAUUGGAAAUGAAAUGAUAUUAUUUUAAAUUCCAUUAUUGCAUCUGUAAUAUCGUUUCUCAUUCUCAUUUAUAUAACGCUGUAAUACUGUAGUGUUGUAUUCUUUGUCGGCUGCAUGUUUGCUAGUCCAUUUGGUACGAUGUUAUGAUGCAUCUCUUUAGCUUACAGUGUUUUUAAUGAAUUAAAUGAAUGAAAAUGGCUUUAUGUAUAUAAUAAACUACGCACAGUGACUGGAUUUUCCUCUUUGCUCUUAUUAGUUAAAAUGUGUUUCUUGAUGUCAUUCUGGCCUGAAAUCAAUAAAAGAUUCUCAGUAUCAGCUCAAGAGGUAGAUGACGAAAGAAGAAAUGAACAAAACGAUCAGGCAGGUUUUCCAGCCGACCCAGUUUAAGAAUAUUUGAAUACACCUACAUGCAUUUUUGCCUAAAUUAAAUGGACAAAAGUAUUGGAACACCUGACUUUUCCAGCCAUAUGUGCUUCUUCUUCAA